ACAAACUUUCCAAGAUGCACAACAGGGUCUCCCCGCUUCUUCUUCCAACUGUAUAAAUGUGAAGCAGGUGGACAGCAGUGACACAGCACAGAGAACAAGCCGACAGAGCUCAGCUGAGACUUUAAUCCACUGCUGCAACACGAAGCCAACAAACAAACUUCAGGAUGGCUGCUCCUCGUCUCGCUCUGUCUGUGGUUGUGCUCAUGCUGGCUGUCAUCGCUCUGACUGAGGGUAUGCGCGGUGCUGGCCCAAAAAAGUGCUGCUUCCGCUUCAAUGACCAGGAAGUGCCUAAAGGAAGAGUGGUCAGCUACGUCAAGACCAGCCAGCGCUGCUCCAAGUCCGCCAUCCUGCUGAACACAGUGGCAGGCCGACAGCUGUGUGUCAGACCUUCGGCCCCCUGGGUGAAGCAGCUCAUCAGCUACCUGGAUGCCAAAGCCGUCCCAGGACAGACAUCCAACCUGUAACCAUGGAAACUACUUUGGAAGAGCCUUCAUGGA